CGCGCCGCACGCAGGUCCCAGCCCCGUUCUGGGGCCACCCCGAGCCAUGAAGAUGCACUUCUGUAUCCCGGUGUCCCAGCAGCGGCUGGACGCGCUGGGGGGCCACUACGUGUCGGGAUGGGAUGUCUCUGUGUUUGCAGCUGUACUCCGUGUACCUGGACGGCUUCCUCUUCUGCAGGGUGCGCUACAGCCAGCUGCAUCGUUGGAAUGACCAGCUGAGACGGGUCUUUGGAAGUUGCCUGCCACCAUUUCCGCCAAAGUACUAUCUCGCAAUGACCGCAUCUAUGGCUGAUCAGAGGAGAGACCAGUUAGAACAGUAUUUGCAAAAUGUAACUAUGGACCCAAACAUGUUGAAAAGUGAUGUCUUCGUUGACUUUUUAAAACUGGUACAGAUGGAUACAUUUAGUGUCACCACCAAGAGAGCCUCUCUGGAUGUGUAUCUGCCUGAUGGAAGAAAUAUUCAAGUUGAAAUUCUAACCUCAGACACUGCCGAAAGAGUCCUAGAGGUGGUGUCACACAAAAUUGGACUGUGUCGAGAGCUGUUGGGCUACUUUGGCCUGUUUCUCAUUCAGUUUUGCCAGGAGAGCAAGCUUUCUGUCAUGAAAAAAUUGGUGGACUUUGAGCUCCCUUAUGUUAGCCUUCGAAGUUCUGAAGUGGAAAACUGCAAGGUUGGCCUCAGGAAGUGGUACAUGGACCCAUCCCUCGACUCCAUGCUGAUGGACUGCAGAACAGCUGUAGAUUUGAUCUAUAUGCAGGCAAUUCAAGACAUUGAAAAAGAAUGGGCCAAACCCACAGAGAUGCAGAAGCAGAAAUUAGAGGCUCUCCAGAAAGAAGACAACCAAACAAAGUAUUUGGAGCUGUCCCAGGAUGUACGGCACUAUGGAUAUGUGCAGCUGGACCCUUGUGUCUGUGACUACCCGGAACCGGGAUGUAGCGUUGUUCUUUCUGUUGGCAAUCAUGAGAUCAACUGCUGCGUGACCCUGCCUGAUAACCAGACCCAGGAUGUCAUUUUCCAUAUAAACAGAGUGAAGUGCUGGCAGGUCACUUUUCUUGGGACUCUGCUGGAUGUAGAUGGACCCCAGAAAACUCUCAACGAAAACUUAGAGCUCAGAUUUCAGUAUAGCGAGAAUAGUCGCUGGCAGUGGUUUGUUGUUUACACCAAACAGGCUUUUUUGCUGAGUAGCUGCUUGAAAAAGAUGAUUUCAGAAAAGAUGGUAAAGCUAGCUGCAGAGAAUCCAGAAAUGCAGAUUGAAGUUCCAGAACAAGGGAAAAGUAAAAAAUACCACAUUCAACAAAGCCAGAAAGACUAUUUUAGUUUUCUACCAAGCAAAAGCAAAAUUAAGGUAGCUGAAGUUGACUGUGUUUUGGGAGCCAUAAAGGAAGACGAUCUUUGAAGAAAAAGUCUCACUUCUUAAAAUGCCCUCUAAGGCUCUCUUGAGAGUGAAAGAGCCUGGGGGCGGAAAGUAGCUUCCUACCAUGCAUAGAGAAAACUGGAUCCCUUUCUAUGUUUUGGACGUUAAGAUGGACCAUAUUCAUCCAGAUUACUUCAGAACUCUGUUAAUCUCAAGAUUGAAAAGAAACAUGAACCACAGUUACAUGGUUUCUUUUUUAUGACUCAUAAAUGGCAAGUUGCAAAUCCAAAUCUGUUAGUAUGAAGCUUGUUCUUUUUUCCCCCCAAAAAUAGAUGUUUACCUGACUUCAAGAAGUCUUUGAUAUGUCUGAUGUUACAUGAUGAAAGGCUCAGUAUAAAAUACUAUGAACAGACUUGGGGAUAAGUUCUGAAAACAUGACUCAUCAGCUGAGGAAACUGUGGCUCUGUGUAAGAAGUGGAAUCACUGGAAAAGAAAUCUGGAUUUCACUGAUCCAGCCACAGUACCAGUGUAAGGAGGUGAUGAAAUGCUAAUUUGUUCCCUUAACAUAAUUCUGAACCUACCAGUAUGGAUGUGUUCAAAGUAAUAGGCUGCCCUUCCCUGUUUCUCCCCUGUUGUAACUGUAUUCUGUCCCAGGAAUACUGGAUUCAAUUUAAUAAUCAUCUUGCUAUUAUGAAUAUUUUUAUUUUAGAAAGCAAUGGGGCCCUGCCCUUGCUUUCAGAUAACUGUAAAAGCCUCUUAGCUUUAAAAAUAUGUGUACCUUUUCACUUUUUCCUUAUCCAAUUUCAGUUUAUCAUGAUACUUAACAUAUAGAAUUAUAUAUAGAAUUAAGACUGUAAUGAGAGAGAUGGAGGAAUCUGUGUAAUUAGAUAAAGUGCAAUAUUCUAAUGUUCUUUUCCAAAUGGGUUGCAUAGCUGAUUAUAUAAUAUAUAUGAAAAUAUUCUAGUAAAUAUAGCAUUUACUGAUGAAAAUUCUGUGAAUGAUCUUUUUGAAGUGUAGAAUCUAUUAAAGCCCAAAAUAUUUAUAAAGCAAUGCCUCUAGCCAUAACUUCUAGUGCCAUAAAAUUUUAUAUUUAUAUUUUAGGUUGCAGUAGGAAACUUUUGCAGGGCAAAAUCAUAAACAUCCCAUCAUCUGUGGAUUAAUGGAUUAGGAUGCAUUUUCAGCUUAAAGUAGAAGCUUAUCUACUAUUUUGCCAAUUUAAGAAUAGUCACUCUAUUUCUUUUUCAUAGCAAACACCUACACUGUGUAAGGCUCUAUUGAAGACACUAGGAAUGCAAGGAGAAUUUGCAUUUGGGGUGAGGAGAUGCAGAUAUUAGAUUGAACCAUAUGCAAUUGCUAUCUUAUAGAUCAAAAAAAGUUGAAUGCUGUCAAUUUCAUAGGUUUCCACUUGAUUCAUUCAGAGCCAGUCAUCCCAGACAGAAUGUAGCAGAUGUCUAAUGUUCCAUGUGGACCUGAGUAUUAAAGUUGUGCGGUGGUCAGGAAUGCUCAAGGGACUUUGAAGAAAGAGUAGAGCCAGGGGGAGGCAGAGAUGGGGGCAUUAACGUAAAAGGAAAGGAUAGACACUGGUGGGAGAAUGAGUAGUGUUUGGAAAACAAUGAGCAAACUCACUCUGCAAAAAGUUAGGUUAAGGUAGUCAUUAGGAGAUGAAGCUGAGAGGUAGGAAGGAUCUGUAUUUAAUUGUUUUUAUCAAGACAUUGAGAUUAUCAGUAUCAGAAUAUGAGAAGAAAAAAAUAUACUGUGUGAAGAAUAAAGGAACUGAAAUAGUAGAAAACAAAAUUCAAAACUUAACUUUGUAAAAUGACAUAUUCCAUAGCAAUUAUAUGGGAGAAGAAAGGGCUCCUUAGCCCCUUUGGGGAUUACUAGGCCUACCUUUAUCUACAAGGAGGUUGAAUUUGAAUCACUUCUGAGUCAAAACAGUUUAUCACUGGGUAAAAAACUAAACUCAAACUGCCAGAGUGGCCUUCCCUGCUGCAAGGCCCAUGGGAAAAUGGCAGGUAAGAGGCCCAGCUCUCCUGAGGGUGAUGACCUCACUCGUCUGCUGGUGCUGUUGGGAUGGGACCUUCCCGUCAGCAUGGGAGAAGACAUCAGCCAGUGCAUGACCUUCAUAAAGGUAGGCAACUGUUAAGACCCUUUAAAUAGCUCCUUAUUGGUAGAUUCGCUCAUAUACCUGCAGAAAUGUAAUAUGCCUGCCAAAUUUUCUCCUGAGGCAUCU